ACGAACUGUACUGCGCUCCGUCCUUUCUGUUGCAACGUCGGCUCCCGACACUAGUGCAACACAAUUUGAUUUUUCCGAGCAGAUUUUAUCCAAAAACAUCUCAAAAUGGUGAACUUCACAGUAGACGAAAUCCGUAAGAUGAUGGACAAGAAGAAGAACAUUCGUAAUAUGUCCGUCAUCGCCCAUGUAGAUCAUGGAAAAUCAACUUUAACUGACUCUUUGGUAUCCAAAGCUGGUAUUAUAGCUAAUGCCAAAGCUGGAGACAUGCGUUUUACUGACACUCGUAAAGAUGAACAAGAUCGUUGUAUUACUAUCAAAUCUACUGCCAUCUCUAUGUACUUUGAAUUACAAGAAAAAGAUUUAGUCUUUAUUAAGAAUGUAGAUCAACGUGAUGCUGAUGAAAAAGGGUUCUUAAUCAACUUGAUCGAUUCACCUGGUCACGUUGAUUUCUCCAGUGAAGUUACUGCUGCUCUCCGUGUUACUGAUGGAGCUUUAGUUGUUGUUGAUUGUGUCUCAGGUGUAUGUGUACAAACUGAAACUGUAUUACGUCAAGCCAUUGCUGAAAGAAUUAAGCCAAUUUUGUUCAUGAACAAAAUGGAUCGUGCUUUAUUGGAAUUGCAACUGGAAUCUGAAGAUUUGUACCAAACUUUCCAGCGUAUUGUUGAAAAUGUUAACAUCAUUAUUGCUACAUAUUCUGAUGAUAGUGGUCCCAUGGGCGAAGUCCAGGUUGACCCUAGUAAGGGUAGUGUUGGUUUUGGAUCUGGUCUUCACGGUUGGGCUUUCACUCUUAAACAGUUCGCUGAAAUGUAUGCUGAAAAAUUCAAGAUUGAUGUUGUUAAACUUAUGAACAGAUUGUGGGGAGAAAAUUUCUUCAACCCCAAAACAAAGAAAUGGGCCAAACUUAAGGAUGAUAACAACCAACGUUCUUUCUGCAUGUACAUUCUGGAUCCUAUUUACAAAGUAUUUAACUCCAUCAUGAACUAUAAAAAAGAAGAAGCUACUGAUUUAUUGAAAAAGCUUGGUAUUGAAUUAAAACACGAAGAUCAAGAUAAGGAUGGAAAAGCCUUAUUGAAGGUUGUUAUGCGUACUUGGCUACCAGCUGGAGAAGCUUUACUUCAGAUGAUAGCUAUCCACUUGCCAUCUCCUGUUGUUGCCCAAAAAUACCGUAUGGAAAUGUUGUAUGAAGGACCUCAUGAUGAUGAAGCUGCCCUUGGUGUUAAGAACUGUGACCCAGAUGCACCACUCAUGAUGUACAUUUCCAAAAUGGUACCGACAUCUGACAAAGGACGUUUUUAUGCUUUCGGUCGUGUAUUCUCUGGAAGAGUAGCUACUGGCAUGAAAGCUCGUAUUAUGGGACCCAACUAUACUCCUGGCAAAAAAGAAGAUUUGUAUGAAAAAGCUAUUCAAAGAACAAUUUUGAUGAUGGGACGUUAUACUGAAGCUAUUGAAGAUGUUCCCAGUGGUAACAUUUGUGGAUUGGUUGGUGUUGAUCAGUUUUUAGUUAAGACUGGAACAAUUACAACCUUCAAAGAUGCUCACAACAUGAAAGUCAUGAAGUUCAGUGUUUCCCCUGUUGUACGUAUUGCUGUAGAGCCCAAGAACCCUGCAGAUUUACCUAAGUUGGUUGAAGGUCUAAAACGUUUGGCCAAGUCUGACCCUAUGGUCCAGUGUAUUAUUGAAGAAUCAGGUGAACACAUUGUUGCGGGUGCUGGUGAAUUGCAUUUGGAAAUUUGUUUGAAGGAUUUGGAAGAAGAUCAUGCUUGUAUUCCAAUCAAAAAGUCUGAUCCAGUAGUAUCAUACAGAGAAACUGUCAAUGAAGAGUCUGAAAUCAUGUGCUUGUCGAAAUCGCCAAACAAACAUAACAGAUUAUUCAUGAAAUGUCAACCAUUCCCAGAUGGUUUAGCUGAAGACAUUGAAGGAGGUCAAGUCAAUCCAAGAGAUGAAUUCAAAGCUCGUGCUCGCUACUUGGGUGAGAAAUAUGAAUAUGAUGUCACUGAAGCUCGUAAAAUCUGGGCUUUUGGUCCUGAUGGAACAGGCCCCAACUUGUUAAUUGAUUGUACUAAGGGAGUGCAAUAUCUUAAUGAAAUCAAGGAUUCUGUUGUUGCUGGAUUCCAAUGGGCAACCAAAGAGGGAGUGUUGGCUGAAGAAAAUAUGCGUGCAGUUAGAUUCAAUAUUUAUGAUGUUACAUUACACGCUGAUGCUAUCCAUAGAGGAGGUGGUCAAAUCAUUCCUACUGCUCGUCGUUGUAUGUAUGCUUCAAUUUUAGCUGCUCACCCAAGAAUUAUGGAACCUGUGUACUUGUGUGAAAUUCAGUGCCCUGAAGUUGCUGUAGGAGGUAUUUACAGUGUUUUGAAUAGACGUAGAGGACACGUUUUUGAAGAAAGUCAAGUUGUCGGUACACCUAUGUUCGUCGUUAAAGCAUACUUGCCCGUCAACGAAUCAUUCGGAUUCACUGCUGAUUUACGUAGUAAUACUGGAGGACAAGCUUUCCCACAAUGUGUAUUCGAUCAUUGGCAAAUAUUCCCUGGUGACCCAUGUGAAUCAGGAUCAAAACCAUUCAAUGUUGUUAUGGAAACUCGUAAACGUAAAGGUCUUAAGGAUGGAUUACCAGACAUCAAUUCAUACCUUGAUAAAUUGUAAACAUGAUAUUAACUCUAAAAUCACCGCAUUUUUUUUUAUUAUUAUUUUAUUGUUAAACACAAUAGUAAGGAAGACAUGUUAUUUCCACUUAAAUAAUAUUUUUGUCUUAAUAAUGAACAAUACUUGUUUUAUGCUACAAAAACAAACUUUAAUUUUCCAUAAGACUUAUACUAUUCUAAAAGAACUGAUGAAUAUGGUUUAAGUUUUUCUUUUUUCAAAUGUAUGGCAGUGCCUGAGUUUAUAUGAUUGUUUCCAUUUUUCAAACAAAAAACUAAUUGAUAAUUUACUGGUGGUAAUAUUAUGUGUUUUAUCAAAAAAGCGUUUGGUGUAACGCUGUGCAUGUCACAAAAAUACCUAAUAAAAAAAACAUUAAUAUGAAAA